UUUCGACUUCCGGCUUAUCGUUGUUUGCCUGAGGUUCGAAAACAAGGCUCUGACCACGAAAAAUAACAAGAUUCCUGGAGUAGCACCUUCUAGUGAGAGAAAGCCAAAGUUUACAGGUGAAGAAGUGAACAAGACAUAUUUCAGUUGCCGUCUAUACCAGAAUUUUCUAAACGCACACACGACGUGUUUCUCACAUGUUUGAAGUUCCUGUGUGAAUAAAAGUGGUCACUGGUCACUUGUGGAUACGUUUACAGCUCCAGUGAGACUGGUCGCUGACGCUUGGGUUCUAAGUUCUGAAGUUCCCGUGUGAGUGGUGUGCACACAGAGGACAUGUCUUCCCAAGACAAGACACUGACAAAGAAUGCGGACACGCGUGGGAAGUCCUCGGACAACUCUCGAAGAAUCGAGUUGAAAUUGACGACUGGAACCUCGGGUGGGUCCAGUUCAGACGUGGAGGUCAAACCUUCAGAAAAGGUGGCGGGCCUGACUGAGGACAGCGCCUCGGGUGAUGAGGAUGCUGCAGCGGUCAGUGAGUCAACUAGUGGUCUGCCUCCUGUGGUGGACAAUCUGGACAUCCCGGAUGACCCGUUCGGUGAUGAGUACACGGACAGGAGGCUGUGGAUCGGGAAUCUGGAUAGUCGCAUGACAGAGUUUUCCAUCCUGAAGUUGACCCAGAAGUUUGGAUCUAUCCGAAAGAUGGACUUUGUGUACCACAAGUCUGGGCCGGAGAAGGGAAAGUCCAAGGGAUACUGCUUUGUCAGUUUCCACACCUGGGAGGCAGCAGAUAAUGCCCGAAGAGCCCUAGAUGGGAAGUUUGCAAUGAGCCGACCGAUGUACGUUAAGUGGGCACAGGGGGCCAGGGAGCUGAUAGAGCCAGCUCCCCAGAUCCCAACCAUCUCCUCCCUGCCCACGUCCACUGUCCAGUCCGCCACCUCAUCUUCCCUCAAGGCCAGCCUAGCCGCCGCCUCCGAGACUGUCAGUACCGAUGCUAAGAUUCGGGCCAUCGAGGCUAAGCUCCAGAUGAUGGACGCCACGAAGAAAGACUUCAGUCUAGGGGAGACCAUCCGCCCCCCGCCGGGCUGGACGCCACUGACCACCGUCCACCAGAAGGAUGACCGCUCGCGCUCAGGCCCGUACAGGAAGUCACAGCACUUGUCAGGUGUCCGGCACAAGAGGAGAUAACGUCGGCUGUGGGGAUAGUGUAGUGGGGGGG